AUGACACUUCCAGGAAAUGAUAAUGAAGCAAUAGUACAAGAAAAGGCUGCUAAAUUUGAGUUGGCAAAAUGGUUGAAAGUGGAGCAAAGUGUUGUAAAACAGAAAUCAAGAAACAAAUGGCUUAAGCUAGGGGAUUCUAACACAUCAUAUUUUCAUGCAUGUGUGAAAAACAGGCAAGCAAGGAACCACAUUGGCAGAUUGAUGGACAUUGCAGGGCAAAUGUUACAAACAGCUCCACAACUGCCAGUAGUUACUCCAGGAAUUAUGCAGAAUGGAUACACUCUGAACAGGCAACAACAACUGCAGUUAAUUAAGCCAAUCACAAAAGAAAAAGUGAAGAAAGCUCUACAUGGAAUUGAUAAUAGUAAAGCACCAGGAUGUGAUGGAUAUAAUUCCUGCUUUUUCAAGAGGACAUGGCACAUAAUUGGGGAGGAUGUUACUACAGCAGUAAUGGAAUUCUUUGAAACUACUGAAAUGUGCAAAGCCAUCAAUUGUAUCACUAUUACCCUAAUACCUAAAGUAAAGAACCCAACCAACAUCAAGGAAUUCAGGCCUAUUUCUUGA